AUGUGCACGGGCAAAUGCUCCCGCCUGCUGGGCCUCUCCCUGCUGACCAUGGGCCUGGCCUGCAUGGUCGCCAACCUCCUCCUGAUGUUCCCCAACGGGGAGAGGCGCUGGGCGGCCGGCAAAAUCACCUUGCAAGUCUGGCUGAUGGGGGGCCUCCUGGGCGGGGGCCUGAUGGUCCUCUGCACCGGCUGCUCGGUGGUGCGGGCCGGUGGGAAGGGCUGCUGCGGCUUCGGGUGCUGUGGGAACCGAUGCCGGAUGCUGCAUUCUGUUUUCUGCUCUGCCUUUGGGGCCCUGGGGGGCCUGUACUGCCUGUCGGUGUCCUCCACCGGCCUGGCCAACGGGCCCUAUUGCGAGACGGCGGAUGGCAAGUGGACAUCGCCUUUCAAGGACCUCAGUGAGAGCUACCUGGGCAACCGGACUCUGUGGGACCAGUGCGUGAACCCCCCCAACGUGGUCCUCUGGAACGUGGUUCUCUUCUCCAUCCUGCUGGGGCUGGGGGCCCUGGAGGUGGUGCUAUGCGGCAUCCAAGUGGUGAACGGCCUCCUGGGGACGGUGUGCGGGGACUGCCGCAAAGCAGCUGACCGGGCGGGUGAAGGCCUGUGAGUCUGUGGGGGAGACGACCGCCUCGCCUAAG